ACAUAAUCGAAUUGUUGCGCAGGACGUUAACUUGGCUCGCAAGAUAAAAGAAAAAUAGGUGUAUGUUCACUUUCACAUGAGUUAGUGACUCAGUACAGUACAGUUCACUUCUAUAUUAUUUAAAAAUUUCAUCAAAUAUAUAUUUUUAAAUUUAUCUAAUAUUUUUCGCAAUAUUUUUCAGGCAGUAUAAAUUUGGAGAUAAUUAUUUUCAUUAUUUAAUUAAUAAAACAAUGCCGUCAUCAAAAAAUAAUAAUUGUAUGAUAAAAGAUGAAAAUAGUACAACAAAAAUUGAAAAUAAUGAUGAGAGACAAUUUUAUAAACCAACAAUCAAAUGGCUGGAUCUUACUGCUCAAAUAUUUAUCCAUGCUGGAGCUAUUUAUGGAUUAUAUCUCAUGUUUAUACAGGCAAAACUACUUACAUCAUUUUGGGCAUUUUUUGUUGUUUAUGCAAGUGGAUUCGGAAUCACGGCUGGUGCACAUAGACUCUGGUCACACAGAGCUUACAAAGCUAAAUGGCCAUUAAGACUUAUUCUCAUAAUAUUAUUUACCAUAUCUGGACAGAAAGAUGUACAUGCUUGGGCACUUGAUCACAGAGUUCAUCAUAAAUACAGUGAAACAGAUAGUGAUCCUCACAAUGUCAAGAGAGGCUUUUUUUUUGCACAUGUUGGAUGGCUUAUUUUGACACCACAUCCUGAUGUUGUUGAAAAAAGAAAAAAUGUUGAUUUAAAAGAUCUUGAUGCUGAUCAAAUUGUCAUGUGGCAAAAAAGAUUGUAUAUACCACUAUUUGGUUUAUUAACAAUUGGACUACCUGUUUUUCUACCAGUUUAUUAUUGGAAUGAAGAUAUUUGGACGUCAUUUUGGGUUAAUUUUAAUUUUAGAUUUUGUGUUACAUUAAAUAUGGCUUUUUUUGUAAAUAGUGCUGCACACAUGUGGGGUGGACGACCUUAUGAUAAAAACAUAACACCAACUGAAAAUUUAACAGUUUCAAUUGCAACACUUGGUGAAGGUUGGCAUAAUUAUCAUCAUGUUUUUCCAUGGGAUUAUAAAACAAGUGAACUUGGUGAUUAUUCAUUAAAUAUAACAACUGGUUUUAUUGAUGCAUUUGCAAAUAUUGGAUGGGCAUAUGAUCGUAAAUAUGUUUCAUCAAAAAUGAUAAAACAUAGAGCAACAAAAAAUGGUGAUGGUAGUUAUAAUAAAAAUAUAUGGGGAUAUGGUGAUAAGGAUAUUACAACAGAAGAUCAUCAGGAACUUGAAAAAAUGCUUGAUUAAAAUGCAUCAUGAUAAUUUUUAAUUUAUAUAUUUUUUAAUAAAAUUAAAAUUGAGUGUCUCAUUUAAUUAUAAAUUUAAAAUUUCAUCAUUUUUACUACAACAAAAAUAAUAAUUCUAUUGACAAGUAUUUUUCAAAAUAUAUAAUUGAAUAAAUAAAAUAUUAACGUAGUUAAAAUAUAUGUUAUCAUUUGUUUUUUUUUUUUACAGUCAUUGAUGAUAAAUAUAAUUAUUAAAGUAUAGAACAUUUAAAUGAAACACAUGGAUAUAUUACAUCUAUUGAUUCUGAUGAUGACUUCCAAGUUUUACUUUUGCUAUCUGCCUCACACAAAAUGUUCUGUAAUUAAAUGUAAAAUUAAAUAAUAAAUAUUUUGUAAACUUUGUUAAAUUUUAAAUAUAUAAAAAAAA